GAAAAGAGAAGAAGAAUGAAAAUAGAAAUAGAAAAAGAAUACAUAGUGAUGGUUGGGUGCCAAUUGAUGUAUGCAGCAACGACUCUUACAACGAGAUAUGUUCUUCUGCAAGAAAUGAGCUCCACAGUCUUUGUUACCUACAGACAGUCUUUCGCUUUCUUCCUUCUCGCUCCUUUCGCUUUCUUCCCUAGGAGAGGAAAAAAGGCAUGCGCUUUGGGGUGGAAGAGCUUUGGAAUGAUAUUUAUGCUUUCCCUUAUUGGAGCAACGGCUAACCAGAACAUAUACAGCGAAGGAUUGUAUCUGACGACCUCUUCGGCUGCAAGUGCAUUAUCCAAUUUGACGCCUGCCGUCACCUUCCUCCUCGCUUAUACCUUCGGGUUGGAGAAAGUGAAUGUUAGAAGUAUGAGAAGUGUUGCAAAGAUAGGUGGGACAGUGUUGUGUGUAAGUGGUGCUGCUGCAAUGACACUUCUCAGGGGCCAAAAGCUACUCAAUAACACAUACUCACUAUUAUUAUUACAUCAUAGUAAUAAUCUAUUAUUUACUGCUGCAACCUCAACAUGGCUGUUGGGUUGUCUCUUGGUCUUGGCAAGCACUUUUUGUUGGUCUUUUUGGCUCAUUCUACAGCCUAGUGUGAGUGCGCAGUACCCAGACCAUCUAGCAUUGACAGCGUGGAUGUGCUUGAUCGCAGCCGUCCAAACCGGCCUCUUGACGGCCCUGAUCAACCCAGGGACACAUGUUUGGAAACUCGAUUCAUCUUUCCAACUUUUUUCCUGCUGCUUUGCUGGAUUGUCAACAGCAGUAACAAUAUUUGGACAAACCUGGUGUGUUGCAAGAAGAGGACCUCUAUUCUCUGCUUCUUUCAGCCCUUUAUGCACUGUUAUAGUCACACUUGUGUCCUCUACUUUGAUGCAUGAAGAGCUCUACACUUGGAGUAUUGUGGGAGGAUUGAUUGUGAUAGUCGGAUUAUACAUUGUACUGUGGGGCAAAGCAAAAGAGCAUCAAGGGAAAGAUGAAGAACACACAGAAGACCAGUUGAAGACUAAUCAAGAUUCAGACAACAUUUGUGGCUGCACAAUUGAUUUAGAGGAGCCGCUUUUGUCUGAACAGAUUUCAGCAGAAUUAAAGGUGAGUAAUUAGAAUAACAAGACUCUAAAUCUAUCCUGGAUUAGUGUUCCUUUCGACACAUACACAUAUAUAUAUAUAUGUAUUUAAUUAUUCACAUCUUCUUGAUGGAAUGGGAAUAUUGCAAAUUUUGUCAGGU